AGAACCUGGCCGACGAAUAUUCGGCCAUGUGAAGAGCCAUACCAGUUGAAAUUCAUCUUCCUCAUUUAAGCCACGAAAUGACCAUGCAGCAACCUUCCCAAAUUCAUUGUAUAGACAAACUUGAGCUGUAACAUUAAUAGUAGGAGCAAAUGACUCAUCAAGUGCAUGUAUAAAUAUUCCCAUAAUAAGGGGUAGGACGAAAGGGGAUAACAUAUAUCCGCAUACAUGUUUUACUCCCGAAAAUAUAGCACUCCACUAAGUAAAGAGAAAAUGAGAAGAAGGGGAAUGUCGGCCAUUACUAUCAUCAUCACAAAGAAGACCCAGCAUUUCGAUUAGAAGCCUCGUUAUCACUUAGACAUGCAACCAGAGGAGUACCGAAGCUAGCUAGUUAGUACCACCGGCCACGAUACCAUCGGUUGGGACCGGACUGCCAGACCGCCAAACCUGCCGCCGACGUAACACUUCUCACCACCACCGUCUAUGCACUGCCGUUACCUUGCCGCCGACCAAUAAAGAAAGUAAAGAGGAGAAAGGGAACCUGGAUUCACACAUUGCUACAAGGAUGCCGGAGUUUCCUACCGUCACCGGCACUUAGAAUAUUCCGACGCUAAAAGAAAGUGGUGCUAGGCAAAACUGCCAUCGGCUAAGAUGCUCUCUGUCCCUAACUAGACUACUAGAGUAUAACAAGAGAUUAAUAAACUAACAUUGCUGCUUAUCCACACUCCAUUGCAUGGUUUUCCUCUUGGGUUCUCCUUGGACGAAUAAAGAAGACGGUCAAGCAAGUGGAGCAGCAAGUGAUUUAAUUUUUGAGCCGGACCGCCGAGAGUAUUUUACUGGACUGGAUUUCUAUGGUUUACAUACUCUCUCGCAACUUAACUAAGGUUGAAGUUUGUUCACGAGACCAGUUUUAUCCAUUUGGGAGAUUCCCUAGAGCAGACUUGGUUCGUGCUGUUCUCAUGUUCUAUUUACUAUAUUUAAAGUUAAUAAAUGCUCAUGGAUUAUUUAAAUUUCUAUUUAGGGUCUGUGUACCCAUGUAUGCCUCCUGUGGCAAAUGAAUAUUUUAAAUUAUGUUUCCGCUGCAAUCUAGUAUUUUAUACUAGUUAAUUGGCUACUUAAUAAUUUACCUUCUAUGAAUAUUCUUAGUGUGAUUGAUAUACACAAUAGCCUUGCAUUACCUAACGAGAAUAGUCUGCGGAUAUUCACGAAGGGUUGUGCGGCGGUUGCCACGUCAUCGGGUCGGUCCGGGGCGUGACAAGAACAACAAUUCCCGACAACCAUUGAUGAAGAGGAGAUUGAGGAUGACGAUGCGGAGGAGGACGAGGGGGGCGACGGGACUCACGGCACCCCGGAUGAUGAGCAAGAGUUGGAGGACGAGGGCGGUUCAUCCCAAAUUGGUAAGAAAUCUAAAUCUCCUAUUAUUGAAAACAAUUUUACAAAAAGGAAAGAUAAAAUACCGAUAAAUGGUACGCAAGUUGCAAUCAUUGCAACAAAGAGUAUAGCUUGGGAACUUCUGGCGGAUACGGGAGUCUGACAAGUCAUCUUAAGUCCGCCCACUUUGUGGAGUAUGCGAAAAUAGACAAAGGCAAGGGGAAGCAAACACAAAUAUCGAGGUUUGCAAAUUCUCAACCUUUUGGUAAUUUCUCCUAUGAUGAUAAAAAACUUUUGACUGGUAUGUCUCAUUUAAUUGUUGAAGAAAAUUUACCCUAUAUUUUUUCCAAAAGUCUUGCUUUAAGAGAUUAUGCUCAAGGUACUUUAAAUCCUCAAUUUAGAAAUUAUAGUCGCAAAACGAUUAAAAAAGAAGUUAUAAGGCAAUAUAACUUGGAAAAAGAAAAAUUACAAACAUUUUUCGCAAACUUUGAUGGACGUGUUAGUAUUUGAAGCGAUAUAUGGGAGGAUACUUAUCAUCAUAUAUAUUAUUUGGGUCUUACUACACAUUAUACUGAUGAUGAUUGAAAUAUGCAUAAACGUGUUCUUGCUUUUCGUGAAUUCAAUGAUCGUUACACUGCUGAUAAUAUUUAUAUUCUCAUUGAGCGUAUUUUAAUUGAGUAUAAUUUGAUUGAUAAGGUGUUUGCUGUAGGUUUUGAUAAUGCUAGUAAUAAUACUGCUGCUAUAUCUAGAUUGCGUGAAUUGUGUGGUACUUCUACAUUGAUGGGUAUGUUUUUUCAUCAACGUUGUGCAUGUCAUAUUCUAAAUUUGUAUGUACAAGAUGGGUUAGCGGCAUUAGGAGAUGCUUUGGAGGUAGUGAAGGGGGGAAUUAAAUUGAUUUGGGCUAACACUCCACUAAAAAUGCAAUGGCGGCAAUAUUUGAAGGAUAGACGUGUCAAUUAUUGUGCUUUUCCUAAAGAUUUGUCUAUUCGUUGGAAUAGUACUUAUAUCUUAAUUCAAGUACUUAUUAGAUAUAAAGAUCAUUUUCCUGCUUUUUUAAGACAAUCUUGUAACUAUAUUAUAAACCCGGAUGACAUCGACACUUGUGAAAAAAUUGUUAAUGUUUUGGUAUAUUUUAAUAACGCAACUCAAACUUUUAGUCAUGUUUAUAAACCCACCGCAAACGAAUUUUUUGUUGAAGUUGUUAAUCUCGCCGGUACUUUUUGUGAAUUUUCCGAUGCCGCUUACGUUAGUCAUUUUUGUGAUUUCAUGAAACAAAAAUUUUUAAAAUAUUAUUCACAUAUUCCGCAUAUAUAUGGUAUUGCAUUUGUUCUUGAUCCUCGUUAUAAACUUGUUUACUUGGGAACUUGUAUAGAUUACUAUUAUGCUUCUUUUUUUUCCAACUCAAGAGUUCGAUGAUAAUCCCAUCGACCCUAAACAAGAAUACAACGAGGUUAGUAAUUUAUUUCAUCAAUUGUAUAAUGAAUUUCAUCAACUUGGGAACUUGUAUAGAUUACUAUUAUGCUUUUUUUUUUUCAACUCAAGAGUUCGAUGAUAAUCCCAUCGACCCUAAACAAGAAUACAACGAGGUUAGUAGUUUAUUUCAUCAAUUGUAUAAUGAAUUUCAUGCACAAUAUGGUAAUGCACCCCCUCCCAUGCCGCGAACAUCUUCUUCAUCUUAAGGGAAAUCACUUUUAAAAUCUGCAUUUAGUUCUCUUUUGAAAAAAAGUAGAGCAACUCCCGCUACUGAACAAAGCUCAGUUAACGAGCUUUCUUUGUAUCUAACAUUGAAUGUUGAUUAUGAAGUUGGGGAUGACUUUGACGUUCUUAAGUGGUGGAAGGAAAAUGAAAGAACGUUCCCGAUUUUAUCAAAGAUGGCUAAGCAAGUGCUAACAAUGCCGAUAUCAACAGUUGCCGUGGAACAAGAAUUUAGUGCGGCCAGCAACGUCCUAACCGAUUAUAGAACGAGGUUGAGUCCGAGCUCUCUUGAGACGCUAGUUUGCUUCCACGAUUGGUUGAAGGCCCAAUGAAGAACUCAAGAAAUGACCAUCGCUCCCACCCGCCACUUUAUGGAGGAAACAACCACCGAAGGCGGAGAUUCCGAUUUUUUAUUACAAAAUGUAUUACAUUUAUUAAAUUCAUCCUAAUUCUCAAUUGUACUUCUUAUUUGAAAUAAAUAUACUUGAAUUAUUUUAUAUUAUUGUGUACAUCAAAUCAAUAAUCAACAAAAAAAAUUAUUCAAUAAUCAAUUCAAUAAAAUUAAUUU